CUCGCGAAGGCUACGUGAGCAGUCCUGUGACUGCCUUGUGUCGUCUGAUUGGCGCAAUGGGCACCGUAUGCGGAAGUAGAAGAUGGAGUCUAAAAAUAGACACGCACACACAGGAAUGGAUAAAUAAAAGUAGCGAACGGGAUGUCGAUCCUUCUUCACAUAAAUACUCAAGUAAAAGGCUCAUCAUCUGAGGAAGAAUCAGGACGCAACAGAACUUCCUUUAGAGGCUUCAUUUAAUAACAUUGCGACCUCACAAGGCAAGUGUGUUUAUUACUCUUUCAAAAUAAAACACAAUACAACUAAAACAUCAAAGGAUGUCCCGGAGGAGGCUACAGUACUCACAUUUUGUACUUCCGUAGAAGUAGAGAUAGUUAAGGUAAAACUUACCGUAGGAUAGGGUAAAACAUAAUAAUAAUAAUAAUAAAAGAUUAAUUUGCAAAUCACAACUAUGUGUGGGAGCAUAUGUAGUCAAUUACAGACACUUUAAAACUAUUUGAGUAAAGCAAUAAAGUAUUUACAUUUCGCUGUUAGUUCUCACCACUCGUGUGUCCCAAAAGUCAGCUUGGAUGCUGCAGUGAGUGGAUUCAACAUAUGUGGCUGCGUAUGCGUGUGAGUGUGUGCAUGUGUGUGUGUGCAGUGCACAUCCACACGCUGAUGGCGGUGCCAAAGAGGGGCGACGGUGGCGGCAUGCUGCGUGACCUGCAAGUGGCGCUGCAACUGAAGAUCAAGGAGCUGAUGGAGCGAGACGCAUUGAUUGACGAGUUGGAGUUGGAGCUGGACACCAAAGAGCUCCUGAUUAGACAUCUGCAGGCUGAGCUGGAUCGUCAGCACAGUUCUGUGCCUGGUGCUGACAACACUGCCGCCGAGGUGCCAAACGCAGCAGAUGAUGCUCCACCGAUGACGCCAGUGUCAUUGGACGAGCCUCAGCGUAUCAAGAGACAGGCAAUCUCUGCAGAACCCACCGCUUUAGACCCGGCCCAGCUCACUGAUGUCACGCUCACCAGCUACUGCAAGACCAAAGAGUCCAGUGAGCUGAUCCAGAGGGCGCUGAUGGACAAUGACUUCAUGAAGCACCUGGAACAUGGACAGAUCCUCACCAUCCUGGACUGCAUGCGGCCCACCAGCCUGGACAGAGGAUGCUGCGUCAUCCAGGAGGGUGACGACGGAUCCAGCGUCUAUGUUCUUGAGGAGGGUAUGGUGGAGGUGACCAAAGAAGGAAAAAAGUUGUGCACCAUCGGACCUGGAAAAGUCUUUGGAGAGCUCGCCAUCUUGUACAACUGCACUCGCACGGCCACGGUGACAGCGCUGACCGACAUCAAAUUGUGGGCCAUCGACCGUCAGGGGUUUCAAACCAUCAUGAUGCGGACCGGCCUCAUCAAACAUUCCCAGUACACCGACUUCCUGCGGAGCGUUCCGUCCUUCCAGGCCCUUCCUGAGGACAUUCUCAGCAAGCUGGCGGACGUUCUGGAGGAGGCUCACUACAACGAUGGUGAUUAUAUCAUCCGGGAGGGUGCCACAGGGGACACCUUCUUCAUCAUCAGUGAGGGUCAGGUGACCGUGUCGCAGCAGAGCACCUCCAGUGGUGAGAAGGUGAUGCUGUCCAAAGGCGACUGGUUUGGCGAGCAAGCGCUGAAAGGGGAGGACGUGCGCACGGCCAGCGUGACAGCAGUCGGCGCCGUCACCUGUCUGGUGGUGGACAGAGAGUCCUUCAAGCAGCUUAUUGGCGGCCUGGAGGAAGUCAACAACAAGCAGAGCGAUGACGAUGAAGUCAAAGCCAAGCGUCUGGCGGAGGCCGACUUUUUCUCCAGCGUGAUGCUCGACGACUUCAAUGUGGUCUGCACCCUGGGAGUGGGCGGCUUCAGCCGCGUUGAGCUGGUUCAGCUGAAGAGCGACGCCGGCCGCUCGUUCGCCCUCAAAGUGUUGAAGAAGUCCCACAUCGUUGACACCAGACAGCAGGAACACAUCCUGUCGGAACGUCGCAUCAUGAUGGAUGUCCACAGCCGCUUCAUCAUCAGGUUGUAUCGGACCUUCCGUGACGCAAAGUAUUUGUACAUGCUGUUGGAGGUUUGUCUUGGCGGCGAGCUGUGGACGCUCCUACGAGACAGGGGCUCGUUUGACGACGGGACAACGAGGUUCUACACGGCGUGCGUCAUUGAGGCUCUGGCAGAACUCCACUCCAAAGGGAUCAUCUACCGAGACCUCAAGCCGGAGAACAUCAUCCUGGACCACAGAGGCUAUGCCAAGAUGGUGGACUUUGGCUUUGCUAAGAAAGUGGGCCUGGGGAAGAAGACCUGGACCUUCUGCGGGACUCCCGAGUAUGUGGCCCCGGAGAUCAUCCUCAACAAAGGUCACGACAGCUCGGCUGACUGCUGGUCCCUGGGGAUUCUGGUCUUUGAGCUUCUCAGCGGAAGUCCGCCGUUUUCUGGCUCAGACCCAAUGAAGACGUACAACAUCAUUCUUAGGGGCAUCGACAUGGUGGAGUUUCCCAAAAAGAUCACCAAGAGUGCCGCCAACCUCAUCAAGAGACUCUGCAGGGACAACCCCUCGGAGCGUCUUGGGAACCAGAAGAAUGGUGUGAAGGACAUCCAGAAGCACAAGUGGUUUGAGGGCUUCAACUGGGAUGGCCUCCGCCAGGGAACCAUGGAUUCUCCAUUCACACCGAGGGUGGAUGGCCCGCUGGACAACAGCAACUUUGACGACUUCCCUGUAGACGCAGAGGAGCCGCCCCCAGAUGAGGAGUCGGGCUGGGACCAGGAGUUCUGACUGGGAUUCUGCUGCCAUCCAAACAGGAAGUGAAACACUUUUGAUUUUUGGGGGCCAAUCAAGUCAGAGUGUGUGCACAGGAAAUACACAUUUCCUCAUUUGCUUUGAUGUCUUACAGCCAUUUCUUGUUUAGAAUCUUCACAAACAAAAAUGGUUCCAGCUCUGUUUCUGCUUUUAUUUUAAGGGGGCUAUCAAUUAAUGUGGGGAAAGUAUUGUUGUUCUUGUGUUUUUCCAUGUGUAAGUGAGUUAAUAUUAUGUCACAUGAUGAUGUCAUAUAAGUGUGGCAUUGUAAUAGACUACAGAUACUUUGAUACUCCGUUAGGCUUAGGUGAGGGAAACCAAGCCCUCUGUCUCCAGGAGUCGGGGAUGUACUCCCCCUUCCAGGAUUGGGAGGGAGGUGCACGGUCCUUCCUCUAAUGCUCCCCACUGUCUCUGUUUUCUCACUCUCUGUGACACACCAGCCGGCAUUGUCGUCCAUAGCGGACUAGGGUCCACACUCCCUUACACAUCUUAGUGUUUUUUAUGUUGUUUAUUUAUUUAUUUAUUUUAAUGGAGUCGCCUUUGAUAUAUAAAUAAUAAUAGUUUUUUAAUUGUACUAUUCAUGAGAGUAGGUAUGAAGUAAGAAUGUAGUUUUAUCUAUACUCAAAAAUAAUAAACACUGUCAUGGCCCUGU